GAUGAGUCUCGCAAUCACACCGGCCGAGAAUGAGGUCCUUGAUGUCCUCUCUUUGUGACAUCAACUUGUUCUGAAGCAAGAUACCUGGUCAAUCAAUAAUAAAAAUAUCAAAAUGGCAACGACAUCGCCAUACCACAUUGCCAACCUGCUAGACAAGAUGACAUCAAGUGAUAAAGAUUUCAGGUUUAUGGCAACCAAUGAUCUGAUGACUGAACUUCAAAGAGAUUCAAUCAAAUUGGAUGAUGACAGUGAAAGAAAGGUUGUUCAGAUGCUACUGAAACUCCUUGAGGAUAGAAAUGGUGAAGUUCAAAAUCUUGCUGUGAAAUGCUUGGGCCCAUUGGUUUGCAAAGUGAAGGAAUAUCAAGUUGAAGGGAUUGUAGACACGCUCUGUGCCAACAUGGCAGCAGAUAAGGAACAGUUGAGGGAUAUUUCUAGCAUAGGGCUGAAAACAGUGAUAAGUGAACUUCCUCCAGCCUCAACUGGUCUCUCUUCAAGCAUUUGUAAACGCAUUACUGGAAGACUAACUGAAACUAUUUCAAAGAUCGAGGACCAGUCUGUGCAGCUGGAAGCAUUGGAUAUUCUUGCUGAUUUACUGAGUAGAUUUGGAGGACUUCUUGUCACAUUUCACCAAUCCGUCUUGAAAAGUCUCCUGCCAUUACUUCUAAGCCCGAGAAUGGCGGUGCGCAAGAGAACCAUCAUUGCAAUUGGGCAUUUGGUGAUGUCUGCCAACCAGAGCAUUUUCGUGGAGCUAAUAACACACGUGCUUGGUGAACUUGAGGGCCAGAGAGACACAGUGAAUGCUCGAACGUUCAUUCAGUGCAUUGCAGCCAUUUGUCGCCACGCCGGUCGCCGCAUUGGGGAUUACUUAGAAAAAAUAGUGCCAAUUGUAGUACAAUUUUCCAUGAUUGAGAGCGAUGAUGAGCUUAGGGAAUGUUGCAUUCAGGCAUUUGAAUCUUUUGUCUGUCGAUGUCCUAAAGAAGUUACUCAGUAUGUAGAACAGAUAACGAAACUUUGCCUGGAUUUCCUUUGCUACGAUCCGAAUUACAACUAUGGUAGCGAUGAUGAUGAUGAUCGAGAUGGCAUGGACGUCAAUGAAGGUGACGAGGAUGAUGACGAAGAUGAUGAUGAUGUAUAUAGUGAUGACGAUGAUAUGAGCUGGAAGGUCCGACGGGCGUCUGCCAAAUGUCUUGGUUCAAUUCUCGGCUCCAGGCCUGAUCUUCUCAGGGAGUUUUAUGCAUCCGUUUCACCAAAACUGAUUGCAAGAUUUAAAGAGCGUGAAGAAAAUGUCAAGUCGGAUAUAUUCCAGGCGUACGUUGCUCUCCUCCGUCAGACGCGACCCGUCGCUUUGUUGGCCACAGAGCGUUCAAAGCAAGAACGGCAGCGUGACGUCAGAGUGCUAAACCGCAGCACGAGUAUGAUCGAAUGUUUGUCUUCACAAGUCGCUAGCAUGAUCAAAGUGAUUCAUAAGCAACUUCUUGAAAAGAGCAUAAAGACAAGACAGGGUUGUUUUCAUCUUCUAACUGAACUUGUUACUGUCCUCCCUGGUGCGUUGUCUGGCUACAUGAGCAAAAUCAUCCCUGGUGUUCAGCAUUCCUUAAGUGACAAAGCCUCGACAUCGAAUAUAAAAAUUGACACAUUGUCUUUCCUGGGGUGCAUCCUAACACAACACGAGCCAGAAGUCUUUUAUGAUCACAUUCAUCUCAUAGUCCCUGCGAUUGUUGCUGCAGUUGGUGACCAGUUUUACAAAAUUACGUCGGAGGCCUUGUUAGUUACACAACAUCUUGUCAAAGUUAUGAGACCUGUUGACCGUGAAAGUUCUUUCGAUUUUCAACCCUAUCUAAAAGAUUUAUACCAAUGUGUGUUUCUAAGACUAAGAGCAGCAGACAUUGACCAAGAAGUGAAGGAACGAUCAAUUCAUUGCAUGGGACAGAUUCUCUGCAAUAUGGGUGAUGUUUUGACUUCUGAGCUCGGCAACUGCUUACCUAUAUUUCUCGAUCGGCUAAGGAAUGAAAUCACAAGAUUGACAGCUGUCAAGGCUGUUACGUCAAUUGCUGGGUCUCCGUUGAAGAUCAAUCUGCAAAUUAUCCUGCCUGAGGCCACGCCGCUCCUUGCAACGUUUUUGCGAAAGAACCACCGAGCUUUGAAAUUGUCAACAUUGACGUGUUUAGAUACACUUGUCAAAAAUUAUGGGAAGCUAAUGGCAGCGGAGCAUCUAGAUGCGAUUCUGUUCGAGCUUUCUCCUCUCAUCAGCGAGAGCGACCUUCAUAUUUCACAGCUCGCCUUGAUGUUGCUCACAUCCAUUACUCGCGUCGACAAUACAAGGCUUGGUCAGGUUCAAGAGAAAAUUCUGCCAGCGACUGUAGAGCUCACACGAUCACCCUUGCUACAAGGCUCAGCCCUGACGGCCAUGUUGGCAUUUUUAACUGAAGCUGUCAAGUCGGACAAACUGGGCUUGUCGUACCGCACUCUAUUGCAGAUUUUGACAAAACCAAUCUACGAACAUGACGCUUCAUUGCCAUCGCUGGCCGUUCACAAACAGGCAUUCCACUCAAUUGCAAAAUGCGUGACAGUUCUCACUAUUGUCUGCAAACACGAAGCAGAUGCCGUCGUGUCCAAGUUCAUUUCAGAUAUCAUGGACUCAAAAUCAUCAGAUUCUGUUCGUCUUUUUGCUCUUUUGGCAUUGGGAGAGAUCGGCAGUUACAUUGAUCUAAGCAAAGAGAAGAAGGUGAAGGCUGUCAUUGUCGAGUCAUUUUCAUCGGACUCCGAAGAAGUCAAAUCUGCAGCAGCGUAUGCUCUAGGUCACGUUUGCAUCGGAAAUUUGAACGAAUACUUAUCAUUUAUUCUGCAAGAAAUUCAAGAGAAUCCAAAAAGACAAUAUUUACUUCUCCAGUCACUAAAGGAGGUCAUAUCAUGCCAAUCUGCAAAUAGCGAAUCAGUGAAAGCGUUGAGUCCUUUCCUCCCUCCGAUUUGGAAUUUGUUGUUUGCGCACUGUGAAAGUAAGGAGCAAGGGACAAGAAACGUAGUCGCAGAAUGCCUCGGAAAACUGACUUUAAUUGAUCCGACCGAACUUUUGCCAAAACUACAGGAGAAACUGACGUCAAAGUCUGCAUAUGUGCGCAGCACCGUCGUCACUGCGUUUAAAUUCACCAUCACAGACCAGCCCCAACCAAUUGAUGAUAUGCUGAAGCAAUGCGUCACGCAUUUUCUUAGUCUAAUUACUGAUGAAGAUUUGAACGUUCGUCGUGUUUCCUUGGUAACAUUCAACUCUGCAGCUCACAACAAACCUGCAUUUAUACGCGACCUCCUUGGUGAUAUACUGCCUCAUCUUUAUAACGAGACCAAAGUCAGGAAAGAGCUAAUUCGAGAGAUGGAAAUGGGCCCUUUUAAGCACACGGUCGAUGACGGUCUUGAUAUUAGAAAGGCUGCCUUCGAAUGCAUGUAUACGCUUUUAGACUCAUGUCUGGACAGGAUCGAUAUUUUCGAGUUCCUCGUUCAUGUUGAAGAUGGCUUGAAAGAUCAUUAUGACAUAAAAAUGCUGACAUAUUUGAUGUUGAUUCGAUUGUCGACUCUCUGUCCAAAUGCUCUGUUGCAACAUCUGGAUCGAAUUAUCGAGCCUCUCAGGACGACAGUGCAAGCCAAGGUGAAAGCAUAUUCAGUCAAACAAGAAUUCGAAAAGCAAGACGAACUGAAGCGAUCGGCUCUGCGUGCCGUUGCAGCAUUACAACAAAUACCUGAUGCAGAUGUCAACCCACUUUUGAGUGACUUUCUGUCACAAAUAAAUGCAAGUCAAGAGCUGUCUGCUCUCUUCGAGUCAGUGCAACGAGAUCCUUCAGCUGCCAGCAAUACAGAGUCGAUGGACACAAGCCAAUGAAAUUUAAUAUGACGUCAUCACCACCGCUUUGCCUAGCAAAUGGCCCUGCAGUUCACACACUACUACAGUGCUGUCUCAAACCUCUGCUGCUUAUGGUUGAAUAGUAUGCGUAAUCGGUUACAACUCAAACAAUUAUUGAGAUAAGAAACCUUUAAGUUUAAUGCAUUGUCAUUUUAUGCGAUUAAGUUGUUUUGUUAUAAUGCUGCGAUGGAGCCCUAGCGUUCUAGCAAACUUUUCUGAGAUGAAUAUUGCAAUCAAAGAGAAACCCCCGUGCCAACUUGUCAAUCCUUCUUUUUUUUAGAUUUCAAACCCUCAUUGUCAUUUUUCAAAAAUGAUUGCAACUUUUGUUCCCAACGAGAUUGAUGUUGCCUAAUGACAGUUUCGUGUGUUAUUCUCGAGUUGACAUUAGGUUAUCAUGUUCAUUUUUCAGAUAUCUUAUUAAACUGACA